AUGUCAAUGCUAGCAGGCCUAGUUGAUGGCGUCCUGGAUUUCCUCAGUACGGUCAUUGUCUGGGUCACCGCUGUUAUGAUCCGCCGCCAAGACCGCAACCAGUAUCCCGUCAGUCGCCGACGUUUGGAGCCAGUGAGUGUCUUGGUCUUCUCGGUCAUCAUGGUCACUUCGUUCUUCCAGGUGGGGUUGACCUCUUUUAACAAACUCGCUGGAGAUGACCGUACGGUGGUAGAGCUCUCGAUUCCCUCCAUAUGUUUGAUGGCAGGAACCGUCUUGGUCAAGUUGUUUUGCUGGGUUUGGUGUCGCCUUAUUCCUAGUCCCGGUGUCCAGGUGCUGGCCCAAGACGCAAUGACAGAUGUUGUAUUCAACACCUUCAGUAUCAUCUUUCCACUCGUUGGAUCGUUCACUAAUUCCUGGUUUCUUGAUCCACUCGGUGGUUUGCUCCUCUCGGUGUACAUCAUGUGGAACUGGGGCUGGACAGCAGGCGAGUACAUUCAUCGAUUGACGGGAGCAGCUGCGUCACCCACAGACCAUAGCAUAUUGCUCUACAUGACAAUGCGUUUCUCUCAUGUCAUUCGGAAAAUCCAAGACCUCAAAGCAUACUACGCAGGGGACAAGCUCAACGUCGAAGUUGAUCUAGUCGUCCACGAGCACACUAGUCUACGAGACGCUCACGAUGUCGGUGAAAGCUUGCAGUACAUUCUCGAGAGCGUGCCCACCGUGGACCGUGCCUUUGUGCACCUGGAUUACGAUGAGUGGAAUCUUCCGAGUCACAUGAAUCAGUUGGACCGUUAG